UUUUCUCUGAUCUAAAGUGGUUCCAUGUCUUGUUUGGACUGUUCCUGCAUUCUACGUACACCAGUUGAACCAAUUGGACCAGAAGAGCUAUCCCAGAGUAGCAUCCAUGAAUGUCUGGCUGAUUCUGCUCUAGCCUGGAUUCCCCCAUCUACAGGAAAGAAUGAAAUGGUAUUGUGCACUUCUAAUGUCUCUCACUAUGAACUCCAGCUGGAAAUAGGAAGGAAGUUCAACAACUUAACUUCAGUCUACCUUGCACGACAUACACCUACAGGCAUGCAAGUUGCUGUAAGGAUCACAGACCUAGAAGAUUGCUCUGAAGAGCAUCUGAAAGCUUUACAGAAUGAGGUGGUUUUAUCCCACUUUUUCCAGCAUCCCAACAUAAUGACGCUUUGGACAGUGUUUACAGCUGGUAGUUGGCUUUGGGUCAUCUCCCCAUUCAUGGCUUAUGGUUCAGCUAGACACCUGCUGAAGACUUACUUUCCUGAAGGAAUGAGUGAAGCUUUGAUAGGGAACAUUCUGUUUGGUGCAAUCAGAGGAUUAAAUUACAUGCACCAGAAUGGCUAUGUUCACAGGAAUAUUAAAGCUAGCCACAUUCUGAUUUCAGGGGAUGGGCUGGUUUCUCUCUCUGGCUUAAACAACCUCUACAGUUUAGUUAACAAUGGACAAAAAUCAAAGGUGGUAUAUGAUUUCCCCCAGUUUAGUACAUCGGUGCUUCCUUGGCUGAGUCCUGAACUACUGAGACAGGAUUUGUCUGGGUAUAACAUGAAGUCUGACAUCUACAGUGUGGGAAUUACAGCAUGUGAAUUAGCCAAUGGACAUGUUCCAUUUCAAGAUAUGCCUCGCACUCAGAUGCUGCUGCAAAAGCUGAAAGGUCCCACAUAUUGUCCUUGGGAUAUAAAUACUUUUUCCCAUGGGGAAUCCAGGAUGAAGAAUUCCCCAUCAGGUGUUGAUUCUGGAAUUGGUGAGAGCAUGACACGAACUAUGACCAGUGAAAGGCUACAAAUUCCAUUUUCCAAAACAUUUUCACCUGCUUUCCACAACUUGGUAGAGCUUUGCUUGCAGCAGGACCCUGAGAAAAGGCCAUCAGCGAGCAGUUUGCUUUCGCAUACGUUCUUCAAAGAGAUAAAAGAACAAACACAGAAUUCUCUACUGUCUCUCUUACCACCUAUUCAAAAUAACAGAUCAGAGUUCUCGCCACUACCCUCAACAGUAGUUGGGACUGAAGUUGGACAGAUAACUGCAAAUCACAAUGAUACAGUUUGGGAAUUCUAA